GUUGAUUUGACAGCGAAGAAGUUGGGAGAAAAUAUUUAUCCUGUUGAUGCUGAAAUUGGUGCACCAUUGUGGCAAUUGGCAGAUCGACAUUUUGCCACAAAUAAAAAAGGUAUAAUAAUGAAUGUUGCUGGGAAGUUGGUUUACAAAAAGUGGGAUGGAGCGGUGGAAAAGAUACACACUCCAUCCUUUACAUCAUUCAAAUGUCUUGCGCUGCAUGACAACGACUGCGCAUUUGCAAUUGCCGCUGGACCGAGCAGUUCAUCAUCGGUGAUCAGAAUCAAUCUGGAAACCAAAAAAGUCGAUGUUCUACGUGAAUCAUGGCGAUCAUCUGAACUUGAAAGAUGUGAUAUAUCGAUUCCUGAAUCUUUGCAUUUUCAGUCAGAUGGCACGGAUGUUCAGGCCUGGUUCUAUCCUCCAUUUUCCACAAAAUACAAAGCUCCGGAAGGCACUUUGCCACCAGUGGUAUUGCUCGCGCACGGCGGACCGACAGCAUAUUCUCCAGGGACGCUUGAUAUGAGGAUUCAGUAUUUUACAACAAGAGGCUUUGCUGUUUGUGAUGUAAAUUACCGCGGUUCCUCAGGCUUUGGCACAGUUUACAGAAAUAUGAUAAGGCGUAACUGGGGCAUAGUGGACAGGGAUGACAUGAUCAAUGCUGCCAAACACUUACUGUGCGAAAAACGAGUAGACCCGAAACGUCUGUGUAUCAUGGGUUGUUCGGCAGGUGGCUACCUCCUUCUGGCUACUCUCCUGAAAACGGAUAUGUUUGCCGCUGCGGCCUCAGUAUAUGGCGUGAGCGACUUAGUGGGUUUGGCCCAAGACACACAUAAAUUUGAAUUUGGAUACAACGAGCAACUUAUUGGCAAGUUUCCGGAAGAAAAAGCUGUCUACGAAGAGCGAUCACCACUGAAUCAAUGCUACAAAUUAUACACACCAGUGGCGUUUUUCCACGGCGAAAUUGAUACAGUAGUGCCAGUUUCACAAAGCGAAGAACUGCAUGAAGCUUUAAAGAAAAAAGGGGUCCCCACAUCGCUGAUAGUAUUUGGAGGGGAGGGACAUGGUUUUAGAGGGUCACACGCGAACAAAGAGACAAUCAACGGCAUCUACUGCUUCUUUUGCCGGAUACUGGGGAUUGAGCCGUCUGAGAAAAGCGGGAUCAAAAUCGAAAAUGAGGCUCGUGUGGAAGCAUCGACAAAAACAGAUGCGAUGCUUAGCGGUGAUGACAAAGCAUAA